AUGGCUUGGGCGCUUAGAAGUGAAGAAAGAGUUUAUUUGGUUGGAACUGCGGACAGCCAGAUACGUGGUUCAAAACUACCUUCAAAUAAACAAGUCCUUUCGGUGUUUUUUUACAAUAUGAGAAAUGUAAAAUUAAAUGCGCGGGAAAGUGCGAGUUUAGCAGUUCAAAACUUGUUUGACAUUGCACACUCGGAAGCCUUACAAAUAAUAAAAAUAGAAGAAGAUAAGCAAUUUUUGAUAGCACAAAGACAACCUGGUCGAGUAGGUUGUCUUGGAGGGAUUGAUAAAAAUUUUGAAAAGAAAGAAAACAGAUCCAAAAAACGAAAACAAGAAGAAAGUGAAAGAAAAAGGAAGUAUGAACAAUUUUUAAUGGGACCAUCUACUUCGACGGAAUUUCCGACAAUCGAAGAUUCGGAUUCGGACGAAGACGAAGCACAUCGAAAACAUGACUGUGAAAUUAAGCCAAAUGAGCCAACUACACCAAUGGAAUCACCUGAGCCAAUUCAGCCAACUAAGGUUAUAAUUACAACAUUUCAUUUGGAGAAACCCCUGCUUUCCUCAAUAAACACAACAGUAAAUAAAAUAUCUAAUAUAAAACCCGCAAAUAAUGAUGAAAUAAUUGAUGUAGGCGAUUUUUUUGAAAAUUCCCCUAUUGUGAAUUUAUCACAUAAUGUUGUUUCAACAGUCAAGAGUACUGAUUCCACCAAUGAGGAGUUUUUAAAAAAAAUUCAAUAUUGGGCUUGUACCAACAAUUUAACGCAAAAAUGUUUAAAUGAACUAAUUGAAAUAAUUCAACCGGAGUAUCCAUUCUUACCCAAUGACUCUCGAACCAUUCUUAAAACCCCCCGGGAAGUUAAUAGGAUCACUUUAAAUAAUGGAGAAAUGAUUUAUCUAGGCAUAGAAAAAAAUAUCAUAAAAAAAAUUGAAUCAACUUCAGGCACUAUAAGGGAUAAUUUUAUACCCUUGCAAGUAAAUAUUGAUGGUAUACCAUUGUUUAAAAGUGGAGCUGGUGAAUUCUGGCCAAUAUUGAUGCGUAGUGAAGUAUUUUGUGAUACGACUCCAUUUGCAGUGGCAAUUUUUUUUGGAAAUGGAAAGCCGGAUCCUCUGGAAGCAUAUUUAAAAUGCUUUAUUGACGAGUAUUCGUCGCUUGUUAUUCGUUCGGUGUGCUAUUUGGGAAUAGAAUAUAAAAUUAAAAUAUGUUUUUUUUCCUGUGACGCUCCUGCUCGAAGUUAUUUAAAACAGGUUAUGGGCCACACAAGUAUCUCAGGCUGCGAACGGUGUAAAAUUAAGUCGCAAUAUGAAGAAAAGAGGAGGUUUUAUCCUUCAACGAUUCUUUCAGAAGCUCGGACAGAUGACGAUUUUCUUAAUUUCAAUGAUAGAAAUACAGAUACGUAUAUAAAAAGCAAAUCGCCAUUAUUGACUAUUGGUGUAAAUCUUGUAUCCCAGUUUGUGUUGGACCCUAUGCAUUUGGUUCAUUUAGGGGUUAUGAAAAGGCUAUUAACCUAUUGGCUGGAUGGUCGUCGACCUUACAAAUUUUCAAGGAAUAGUAUUAUUCAUAUGAAUACAAUAAUUAACAGUGACAUAAGAGGUUAUGUAACCUCAGAUUUUGUCCGUAAAUUAAGAUCAUUUGCCUAUAUGAAAAGGUGGAAGGCCACAGAAUAUAGGUUUUUCCUUCUAUAUGUUGGUACAGUCAUUUUAAAGGAUUCUGUAAAUUUGGAAGUAUACAAAAAUUUUUUGCUUCUGCAUUGUGCCGUUUUUAUAUUAAGUAGCGAGCCUCUUAUAAAAAAUCAUUGGCAGGAAGCAAAGUUUUUUUUGCAAGAAUUCGUCAGAACGACCCCAGAUAUUUAUACGAAGUUUUUUAACACUUACAAUGUUCAUUCCUUAUUGCACAUUUGUGACGACGUCAGAGUAUAUGGUCCUCUAGAUUUUUAUUCGUGUUUUCCCUUUGAGAAUUACCUAGGAAAAUUAAAAAGGAUGGUAAAAGGCAAAUACAUGCCACUUGGACAAAUUCAUAAUCGUCUCAAAGAAUCCGAAAAAUUUACCAAUAAAUUAAACCUGGCGAAAAAAAAUAACGAAUUCGUAGCAUCAGGUAUUGUCAAUGAAAGAGAUGGAUAUUUUGAAUAUGAUUAUGACAAAGGCCUACAAAGCCUACAAAGAAUUUUAGAUGAGGCUGCCACCACUUCUCAUGACACUGGACAAAGCAAUGCUACAGUAUUAACAAGAAAAAGUUUUCAUUUACAAUCAUCUGAAAGUGAAAACGAUGUACCCAUUAAAGACAGGAAACGAAAAAGGACAAAGUCAAAAAACAAAGAACUCCAUAGCAAUUCCCCGUGGUCUAGUGAAAAUGAACAGACACCACUAAAACACACUAGCUGCUCAACCACCGUCCAACAGCCAGAACGUUUUUCAUCAUUUACUCCAAUACUAGAGUCGGCUGUCUUCAUGAACAAUUCUCAAAAUUCACCAUUAGUCCAAAAUCGGGAAAUUUUAAACGCUUCCUUCAUAAACCAAGCUUUCUCUGAAGUUGAUAUUGGAAAUGCUGAAAUUGUACUAGUAAACGAAAAUGAUGAUCAACCAAAUGCGGCUGUGCCAAAUGAUAAUACUAGUCAUAUUUUGGAAGAGAUUUUAAGACAUGUUGUAUACAUACGAGAAGUUCAAGAUCAGAAUACAUUAAGAUUAGAUCAACUCGAAAGAUUAAAUCAAACAGCCACCGUGCAACAACUGGCCCGCCCACAUAGUGUCCCAAUACUACCAAUUAAUAACAAAAAAGAAUUUGAAGAGCUGGAAAACUUUUUGACUGAGGAUGUCAAUCUUCUCUAUAUGGCCAUGCAGAUACAGAAUUUGAAAAAAUCUGAGAUGUGCAGAAGUUCAUGGGUUGAGUCAGUGCUAAGCACACCGUGCUCCGUGAAAUGA